GUAGUUUAGGGUGCUACAUAUACAUCCUGUAAAAUAUUGAACCAACAUACAAUGUUAUAAUUAAAGCUUUCCGAGGCUUAAUUAAGUUCCAUACUAGGACAAAGUCAAGCUUGACAACAACAUUAUCAAGGUUUGUGAAAGGAUUUGAGAUGAUACGUCUGUGGUGUUUAGACGGACUCAACGGCCGGUGACCAGAUGAUCUCCGCCGAGAUUCUUCUUGGCUGGAUAUUUGGACCGACGCCUUCACCAGAUGGAUGUUUUACGACCACAAAUCAUAAGGAUAGGGGGUCGCUGUUACAGGAAAAAUCCACCACUGAACAGGGAUGUAGAUGCAUUGGAGGAUGAGGAAUACGAGGAAUCCACUGUGCAGUGUACAAAUUGGAAUGACGAAACCUGUGAUGUGAACUUAAACAUUGAGGAGACAGAGCGGGGUUUCCAGACCGCUGUGAAUCUGCCAAGUGCAUUCUUCAAGCACAUCAUUGGCAGGAAAGGGGAAACCAAGCGUCGGUUAGAGAUUGAGACCAAAACGCAGAUACGGAUCCCUAGAGGAGUUGAGGGGGAUAUCAUAAUAACUGGUGCAGAGAGAAAGGGUGUGCUCUCAGCCAAGACGAGGAUCGAUGUCAUCACUGACUCUGUCCGUCAAAAGGAACCCUUCACUCACUUUUUGUCCUUCCCAAUAAACUUGCAACCAAUCCAAAAGCAGUUCUUAGAGUUUCAGGAUGAUGUGUUGAGAAGUUGUGAUAGUGAUAGAGGGAUAGACAGAACUAUAUUCCAGAAGCCUGAAAAGCUACAUUUAACAGUGGGAACAUUAGCUUUACUCAACAACCAGGAAGUACAGCAAGCCCUGCACACAUUGGAAGAGUGUAAAUCUAGUCUUGUCCAGCCCAUCCUCCGGGGUGAACCUCUGUGUGUCAGACUGCAGGGACUCGAGUACAUGAAUGAUGACCCCAGUUCUGUGGAUGUUCUGUAUGCUAAAAUUCAACCUGGAGAACAGGCAGAAAGAUUACAGAUUUUGGCAGAUCGGUUGGUUGACCGUUUUUCCAGUACUGGCCUAAUGCAGCAGGAAUACAGCCAUGUCAAACUUCACAUCACCGUGAUGAACACACUUAUGAGGCGGGAUCCAACCUCCAUCCCGGGCGAGAGGCCUCCAGAGGGAAAACGAGGCCCCAAAGAAAGGGAGUCUUUUGAUGCCAUGAAUGUAAUGAAAAAAUUUGGACACCAUGACUUUGGAGAUUAUACCAUUGACACUCUGCAUCUUUCACAGCGACAUGGACUAGGAAAAGAUGGUUACUAUGGAUGUGCAGGAUCAGUAUCAUUACCAUAACAACCAUAUCAUGUGACAUUCAAGUCUAUGGAGUAUCCGAAUCAACAAUUAUGUUUAAUAAAAUAAAAAUAUGUU